CGCUGGGGUGGACGAGGAGCAGGGAAGCGUGCGACUGGUAACCUCCCGUGAUUCGAUCAGCGCCAGGCGAGGCCUGAUGGCAGAUGAGGCAUCAGGCGAUGAGAGUUGAGGCGUUGUAGUAUGUGUGACGGGAACUUGUAUGAUGGCAUUGGACACGGUACUGCGCUACAAGCUUGCAUUUCGGGUCGUGUACCUCCGUGAACUGCCAGAGAUGCUGCGCAUGGGCAGAUGGAGCCGCCGAUUGGGGCUGGAAUUCGAUGGCCGGGCGGGCGCUAGCAACGUCUUGACUUAUCUGGCGCGGCUUGUAGCGCUUGUCGGUCUUCUCGCUUGGCCCCGACCGCCUCAAUGCCCUUGUAGGGGAGCGAGUGUCGUCUACUCGUAGUGAGAUAGAGAGCCUCAUGAGAGGCGUCGGCGGUUGGCGGUGAGAAUGGGUCCAUAUUACCUUUCCGGUCCGUUGGGGAACGAGGACGAGCUCUGCACAAGGGUCUCCGGCUGGCAGAUACGAAUUCAUUCAGUGAUUGCGGCGUCGACGACGCAUCCUGCAGCUGGACCCGCGGACACCGUCGAUCCAUCUGCUUGCAAGGAGAUUGAAAUGUGCUGGCCUGGCCUUGCGUUGCUGCACGAUUCCCGGGGCAUCCCCAGUUGGCCUGCCCGCUGUGAUUCUGGGCUCAGGACGCCCCGACGGAAAGACUCGCGCCUGUUGUCGGGUCUCCGUGGUACCUCCGCAGAGGCUGGGAGAUUGCGCCCCGAGCGAGGUACCCCGGGCCUGCCGUUGGGGACUCCACCGGGGGCCGCCUCAGUGGACAGCGCCGAGUCAAGCGGCCGACUAGGGGGCUUCGACGGAAGCGCUGAAGAUGGACGGAGGAUGGACAGGAGGCGACGGACCGUGGACAGUGCCAUUCUUAGCGGACGUCGAGCUGCAUUUCAUCUCAUCCCAUCCCCUCUCCAUCCUGCCCAUCCAGCCCAGGGCUCGAUGUCCAGUUGAUUCAGGGUGGUCCGUGACCAGAGGCACAUCUCGGCUCGGAUUGCCCAUCCAUGCAAAUUUCUCAGCCGACCCAGAGAUGCGACUUACUGGUUGAGUGUGGUUGAGUGUACCGGUUGAGCGGUGGACAGACAGAAAUUGAUCGAGGCGAGAGACAUACUGAGCGGUGCAUUGAUUGCUUUUGGCGGAGCGUGAAGCAAGUUUGAGC